UGGUCGACUCCAGUGGUCAAACCCAGUUUUUGUCGCUGAAUAACCAUAAAAAUUGGUCAUGUAGACAGAGACAGCACUAAAGGGAAGAUAAGUGUCAUCCCCAGAGAUUACCACACCAGUUUCCUGCAGACAGCGAGCUCUUCCCUGCUCAGUGCUGUCAGACCGUGUCCGCCGUGCAGGAAACACGUGCACAUUGAAACAGCUGUUGAUCACCAGACACUCUUUCUGGAAGCCCGUGCAGGGAGCGAGGAUGUGCUCGGUUAUGAGCAGGGUGAAUCCAGCCCAGCGGGUUGUGUCUGUGGCGCUGCGUCUCCGGCCGAACGCCCCGGGCUCGAGUUGCGCCGCAGCCCGGAGAGGACGCCUCUGUCCCGGCUUGACUUCUGCCGCUGAGCCGCUGCGACUCACCAGCAGGUGGUUCUCCUCCAGGGCGGCGGUGACCCAAGGACUGCUCUUCAGACAACUGUUUGAGGCAGAAAGCAGCACAUACACCUACCUGCUUGCAGACACUGACACCAAGGAGGCGGUCAUCAUCGACCCCGUGCUGGAGACCAUAGACAGAGAUCUGCACCUCAUUAAUCAACUGGGGCUCAAUCUAAAAGUGGCAGUAAACACCCACUGCCAUGCAGACCACAUUACCAGCACAGGGCUGAUGAAGAAGAGACUGUUCGGAUUGAAGAGUGCUAUCUCCAAAUUCAGUGGUGCCUCUGCAGAUAUCUUCUUAUCAGAGGGGGACAAGAUCACCUUUGGAAAACAUUCACUUACUGUGAGGGAAACGCCGGGUCACACAGACGGGUGUGCAACCCUGGUGUUGGGGGAUCAGAGCAUGGCUUUCACUGGAGACACACUGCUCAUUAGAGGCUGUGGCAGGACAGACUUCCAGCAGGGUUGUUCUAAAACACUUUACGAGUCGAUCCAUCAGAAGAUCUUCACAUUGCCGGAUGAGUGCCUCGUCUACCCAGCGCAUGACUAUUUAGGUCAGACUGUCUCCACAGUCGGUGAGGAGCGCAAGUUUAACCCCCGCUUGACAAAGAGCUUGGAGGACUUUGUGAAUAUCAUGAAAAACUUGAAUCUUCCCAAACCAGCAAAAAUAGACAUUUCAGUACCUGCUAAUCUGGUUUGUGGAUUACACGGGCUUUGAAUGCUCUGCGAAAGAAACAUUCUUAUACCAUCACUGACAUGGUUGCAGUGAUACAUGUUCAUGCUUCCUUUUUAAUAAGAUUCACCUAAACUGCUUACCAUAAAGUGCUUUAUGAUGGUUUAGGAAAUCUGUGUAAAUUUGGUUAGGUGUAGUUAUUCAGUGACACUAAUGAGCUCCCUAAUGUUAAAAAAUAAGAAUGCAUGAAUGUCUUUUUUAAAUGAAAAUAUUAAUUAUUAAUAAAUUAAUAAUCAUUUGUAUAGAAAAUGAAAUAUAUUUUUGUAUUGUGCUUAAAUUGCAUUUGAACAUUAUUUACUGUAUUCAGCUUUUCUAUUAUGAAUUGUUGAAAUGGGGGGAAUAUUUUUGAGAAGGGAAGCUCAAAUAGGAAUGUUCCAUUCAAGGUUCGGUUUAGUAUUCAUGAAUGCUUUACUGGGACAAGUGAGUUCUUCCACACGGCCUUUUCAGUGACUGCAGGCUUCCCCCGAGCCAAGGACACACUCGUUGACACCAGGCCCCCAGUCUCGCGCUCAGCAGGCACGCCGAUUUUUUCCAGUGGCCAGCCGCGGUACUGCAACAAAAAAUCCCAUGGGGCCCAGAAAGCUUUUUUCCCAUAGACCGCAAUAGUAAAAGAGAAGCCUCUAAAACUGUUCACAGGACACCUCCAGCUGUAAUCACCACCAAUUACUAAUCUUUGUAUUCUAUAUUUUUAAGUCAUGGACUUUAUAUCCGUCAAAAAUGUUUUAUAACGGCCAGAAAAGUCAAAGAAAAGUCUCUUUCUGGGCGUGACGUCACGGCUGUGCCGUGCACUCGCAAAGCGCGGUCGUGUGUGUCUCGGGAACGCGGAUGGCUGAAACUAAGCCGUUCGGCGGAAUAAUCACUCAGAAACACAUUGCAUUGCCAAUUUGCACCAAACAGAAAUGUUUAAUAGCAAGAAUAAUAAUGGUUUGUCAUUCUUGUACUUAAACAUUUCCGUUGUAGCCAACGGUGUAUGGUUUGUGAAAAUAAGAUAUCAGGCAGGAAUAACACAAGUCUAAGACCCUGUCCACACGUAGCCGGGUAUUUUUAAAAACGAAUAUUUCCCCCCCUCCGUUUAUAAAAACAUUUGCAUCCACACAUAACCGAAGAUCUGCGUUUUCGACCACAUUCAUAAGCAUUCUAAUGAUCCUGUAGAUCAUCUGCGGCUCCGCGGUGGCGCAGGUGUGGGUGUUUCCACUGAGAUCCUCCUGCACACACACACCUAACGCACUUCAAAUAUGUAUUCUUCUGUUGCUUUUUCAUUUGGAGGCAGCGCCCUGCACGGGACUAAAUGAGGGUCAAUAUUAACAAAAUGAGCUUGUGGCGUGAGAUCCCCACCUCACAAUAAAACUGACCUCCAUCAGGUUUGAGCAAACGUGCAGGGAGAGAGAUGUGUCGUAGUUGUUGCGACGGUGCCGUGGAGUUUUAGAUGUCAUGUGUUUAACAUCAUCUUAACCCUUAAUCCUCAGUUUAUUUUAUGGCAGUGCUCCCGGGGAAGCUGCACCUCCGCAGCUCCGCGGGCACUGCGAAGCCGGGCAGUGCCCGCAGGGCAGUGGGCAGUGGGCAGUCCGCGGCUCCGCGGCUCCUACGCCGUAGGGUGCGCGGAGCCGCGGAGCCUACGGCGUAGCCUCUGUGUAACGCAGUAAAUUAACCACAUUUAAACAUAAUAUUUGACAUAUUUAAACAUAAUACUUGACAAAACUUGUAAUACAAAAAAUAUUUGUCUUAAUGUAAGUAAUAAACUUGGGAAGUUUCAUGGUGAUACCUGCUAUUUACAUUUUUACCCUAUUUUAGCCUAUUAACCUGGGGUGUCUCAUCUUAAAUAAAAAUGACUCGUUUUAUCUUUAAUUAAAAAAACACACACAAAUGAACCAUGUAUAGUCUAUAACCAUGACUUUGAGAACAGCAUCGGUUGAUUUGCCCUAUAAAUCCCUAAUUUCAUUGUGUACAUCUAUCAUUACCGGUCUGAAGGACUCAUGAGCGCGCAGCGCUUGUCCAGAGCGCGCAGCGCUCGUUCACAUUGCCCCGGGGCAUGAUGGGAGGCCCCAGAGCAUCAUGGGAGGUGACUCAACUGCGCAUGCUCUAUGGGCCCGUGUACCAGGAAGUAAACCAGGAAGUCAGAAAUUUUUUCGGCGGAUGCGCUGGGUGAGCAAACUCCAUUGAAAUGAAUGGGCGGCCAUUUUCGAUCCGGUAUCCAGUUAUAUAAUACAUCCAUGGUUGACACGCUCAGCAGUCAAACUGCUACCGGCUCAGGCUUCUUUGCAUUGUAUGAAAAUAAAUGCACAACAUUUGCAUUAAAAAUCAAUAAAGAACCAGUUCCAUUGUAGUAAUUGAA